UGUUCGCAACAUUCAAUAAGAAACCAGCAACAAGUAACAAGUCACAAGCUUAUGAACUAUUCAAAAAUUCAGAAAGUAACUGAAAGUGAAAAGUGAAAAACUCCGAAAUAAUAAAAGUUCAAAAACAAAACAAAGAAAGUCUAAUUGGAAAUUCGAUUUUUGUGCAUAAAACAAUAAAAUAUAAUUAAACAAUGAGCAAUAUAGUGAAGCAGAGUUGUCGUUUGUGCCAAACGGCGGGAAAACAAAUCAAUUUCUUUCCCAAUCCCUGGAAGACAGCGGCACCGGCAUUUUCCACAUCGUGCACUUGCAAUCAAACAAAUGCCGCUCACAAACCAGAAAGUCGCGCUGUGCAAUUUUCCAAAAAAAUUAUGUCAAAAGUUUCGUUGAAGAAUAUCACUGGCCGUCCAUUGCACCAACAAGACCCCUGGAAGCCAUGGCCGAACAGCGUGAAUCCGCAUACUGGCGAAAUCGGGGGACCAGCUGGUCCGGAACCAACUCGUUAUGGUGAUUGGGAGCGGAAAGGGCGUGUUUCAGAUUUCUAGUCAAUGUUUUAUUAGUGUUUUGAUUUAAUUUAUUUUGAUCUUUAAAUAACUAUAUACUACGAGUACUAUGUACAAAUUGUUAGGAAUAGUAUGAAAUUGAUCGGACUAUGUUUUGUGUUAUAAAUUAAUAGAAUAAGAAAUUUAGACUGAAUAAGAUAUAGAUGUAAUUUAUAUUUUAAUAAAUUUCUAAACUUUUUAAGAACA